AUGGGUUUCAAGUGGAGGAAAACAAAAACUAACAGAAAAUUGCUGGCUGAGAAAUCUGAUAUUCGUGACAAACGCAUAACUUAUUUGAGAAAAAUUAAACGGUUCAGGGAACAGAAUAGACCGAUAAUAUUUCUCGAUGAGACAUAUGUUCUGUCGACUCAUGUAAAAUCACAAUCUUGGUCAGACGAUUCAAACCAAGGAGUACGAACACCAGUGUCAAAGGGGAACCGACUGAUAGUCAUCCACGCUGGCGGAGAGAAAGGAUUUGUCCCCAACGCGUUGACAACAUGGAAGGCAACCACUCACUCUGGAGACUACCAUGAUAAUGUCAACCAAGAAAUGUUCAUGAAAUGGAUGACUGAGAAGCUGUUGCCAAAUUUGGAGCCAAACACUGUACUGGUGGUAGACAACGCACCAUACCAUAAUGUGUUAGUGGACAAAGCUCCUACUAGUAAAAGUAAGAAACAAGAAAUGAAAGACUGGCUUUCUAAGCACAAUAUUGCUUUCAGCGAAGAAAUGUUUGUGCCUGAACUGUAUAAGUUGAUUACACAAAACAAAUCGAAAUUCUUCCGCUACGUCCUAGAUGAGACUGUUCAGGCACAAGGUCACGAAAUUCUUAGAUUACCACCUUAUCAUCCGGACCUAAAUCCAAUCGAACUUGUUUGGGCUGAUAUAAAGGGCUACGUAGCAGGAAGAAACACUACAUUUAACUUUUCUGAUGUGCAAGCUAUCACUGAAGAAAAGAUCGCUAGUAUGGGUCCUGAGGAUUGGUUUCCGAAGUGUCAACACGUAAAGAAAGUUGAGGAGGAAUAUCUUUUGAAGGAAGGGGGAAUCGACAACAUGUUGGAAUCUUUCAUAAUUUCACUGGGGAAUGAUUCAGAAACGGAUUCCAGUGAUGAUGAAUCAGAAGAUGGAAUGAGUGGAGUAGAAGAACUCCAAUAA